AAUAGUACACAAAUACAUUUUAAAAGGUCCUACAUAGAAGAUGAAAUGACAGUCCUUCCUUAAAUUUUUUUUUUCAAACAUUGUUAAAAUGUCUUUACUUGGUUAAAAUGAUAACUGUUGUUAUUUAUAUGCUCCUUAAAAAUUAAAUUGAAUUCCUUGGAGCCCCAUUGUCAGCAUGUCACUCCCACGGGAUGAUGUCACAGGUCUGCACCAGUACCACCCUCUGACAAGUAGUAGAAUCUAUAUGUAGGAAUGUUGAAGAUACCUCUUGCAGAGGCUCACAUAAGUUUGAGUGUACUCCAUGUGGAUCCUCUAAACUUUCUGUGAUAUUGGUGGAGGUGUAGUCAAAAGUUUCUUGCCCAAGGUACAUAUGCUGUGUAGUGUUUACCUUUGAAACCUGUUACAGGUGUGUCUCCAUUCAUGUCAUGGCAAGAAGGUUAUAAAGUUGGUUUAAGUGAAGGUAAUAAAAAAGGCUUUCUAGAAGGCUAUGGACUUGGAGCAAUAAAAGGCAUUGAGCUUGGAGCAGAGGUUGGAUUUUACACAGGAUAUGCAGCAAGUGUUUUAAAUAAGCACAGCUCAUCUGAAUCACGCAUUGCUAAAGUUUGUGAAGCAAUCUUAGAUCUUGGUAAAGAUUUUCUGAACCUUGACCCAACUAGUGAAGAGCUUUCUCUUAAUCUGAGUAAAAUAAAAGGAAAAUUCAAACAGCUGACCUCAUUGCUUGGUAUCCACAUUGAAUAUAACUCAACUGAAACAAACACUGACAAGAUCAUAACAUUUUGACCAAAAGUGAACAAAAAUCUGUUUCCCCACUUCUAGAAAAGAAACAGCUUUCAAUGUCUUGUGAACUGUAGUUGGUGCUUGAUGAAAGUAAUGGUCUUGGAGAUGUUAAGCAGAAAUUAGCUGUAAAAGAUGACCACUGAAAACUUCAUCCAAAAUGGACCUUAUCAAUACCAGUAGCAAGAAAAUCAAAAUCAAGUCUACCAAGAUUUGGGUCAUAGUAUAUUGUGCCAAAUUUUAGGCAAUGAUUUGAUCAGUUUUUUUUUUAUUUUUGUGCAUAUUUACUUAGUUAUUUUGUUAAUACUAUUUUUUUUUAAUCUUUAAAAAAAGUUAAAAGUUCUUAAAGUAUUGAGCUUAUACUGUCAUUGAAAACCAUAUCAAUCAUAGAUUUGGACUAGAUAAUUACAAAUAUAUUUAUAAAUGAAAGAUCCUUUUUAUGAAUCCUUGUUUUACUAAUUUUGUUCAAUAGCAUCUUCUAGUCUACUGUGCACUAUGAUUUAAGCUAAAUAGAUUAUUUAAGUUUAAUGUUAAGAGUUGAAAUGUAUAGAACGUUUUAAGCCAAUCAAUGCUAAUUGGAUAUUUUGAAAUGCCUAAUCAUUCUAUUAUAAAAUGUGGUUGACAAUCAUUUCACGAACUUUAAAUUUGUGAUAAAUUUUAAAUAGACUUCUUGAAUAAAAUAUAGGCAAUAAUAGUAUGAUCUUUAUUUAUGUUUUAUGUUCACAAUCAAAAUUUGUUACUAUAUCAUUAAGAUUUGUCCACCAAUGUUUAGUUUUUAAUUCAAAUUUGAGUAGAAAUCCUGACCUGAAUUUCAUGUCCCUUUGCAAUGUAAAUGGGAGACAUUCUAAUCACCAUAGAGAGUAAGUUUUAGACAGAAACUAAUUGGCAGCCUUUGUGAAUCAGUUUUACUCACACAUAAGAUUAAGUAUUUUAACUUCAUUCCAUACAAAUAAAAAAUUUAGUUGUUUUAGUUUCAACUUUUGCACUCACUAUUACCAGCAGUUAUGACAAUGAUAAAAAAUAAUUCAGUUAUCCUUUGAAAAACAGUCGACUCUAGCAAAGGUUUAUAAGAAAAGUAUACUGGUAGUCUAUAUUCUCAGUUUUACUUGGCUUCCUAACAAGAGACUUGAGUUUAAUUGUUCAGAAAAGAGAUUGGACCAGAGUGCACUGAGCAUAGUACACAAAGGCAAUGCAAAACAAGAAAAAAAAAAACAUUUAAAAAAAAAAAAAGCUUAUACAAAGUGUAAUUGUUUCAAUUAGUUUGGAUCUGUCAUGUAAUUAAAUUUGUACUAGAUCUAGACCAACAAUAAAUCUGUGCGGUUAAUAUUUUUACCAAUUAUUUUUGUUUAGCGUUAUUUCAUGCUUUUAGAUUUCUCAAUAGGCAUAUCACUAUCACUUAUCUGGACCAGUUGGGAAAAUUGGGAGGGGUGAAAGAAAGGAAAGGAUAUUUGGGUAGAUUUUACCAUAAUUGGUUUUUAAAAGCAUUUAUAAUUUUAAAAAAAAAAGGGGGGGGGGGACAACUCUGCUAGUGAGGUACUUAUAACUGGGGAAGAUUGUAUUCUGUUUCAAAUUAGACGGGCGACCUAUAAAUGGGAUGGAUUCAGGUUAUACCACCACUUCAGUCGUGUACAAUUUCUUUUCAUUGUUCAAGAUACCAAACAAAAUUACUGAUAGUUAAUUAACUAAUUAGUUAAUUUUUUUAAAUUGAUUCUUGUGUUCUGAGGUAAAAGAAAUAAUUGUGCAAAAUCCGAGAUUAGGUGUCAGAAAAUAACAUUUACAAACUUUUACCAGACAAAGACAGACAGACAAGAGUUGAUAUAAGCUUUGAUAAAAUAAAAAAAAGAAAAGAACUUCAGAAAAGGUGAGUCUCCAGGGCUGUAUCUUGUAUUUUAGAAUGAUAUAAAUUAUACCAAGAUGAAAGCAUCUAGUGUCUAACCUUUUUCUUCCCUGUGACAGGAUGGGGGUCAAAUACAUUUCUGACAUGUGCCAUGGGUCCAUUACAAUCUGCUUUAUUAUCCACUGUGGGUAAAAGUUUGAAGGGGCCAGAUAACACUACUUAGUGUGCAUGUUAGAGUUAAUGCCUCGCUAAUCUAGAUAAUGGAGUUCCAAAUCUGAUCAAUAAUAAGUCUAAUUUUUACAACUAUGUUGAGCAUAUAUCUAGUAGCAGCCAAUAUGGAAUCAUCACAGUCAUGAAUUUUGAAGUUGGGGGUGGAUCCACAUAGACAAUGAAAGUUACAAUAGCCAGCGAUCUAACCAACCACAAUUACUUUUGUAGUAAGACUUUUACACUUACACCUUUGUGUGUUACGAAAAAAAUCAGAAUGGUGUAUUUAUGGAAGGUGGAACAUACACCUGGUUUGAAUAGUAGUUUUUUUUUAAGGUGAAAACCUUAAAUAGUAUGAAAAGAAUCCAAUUUAAUUUUUAUUAUAAAAUAAAUUGUGCCAAUUUCUAGAAAACAAAAAAAACUUAACAUUUUAUCCCAAUUUCUUGUAAAAAUACCUACUAAGAUUUUAUCCCACUUUUCUGAUGCACUGGAGUUCAUGUUAACCUACAAAACAAAAAACUCUAAAAGGCAAAGAAUAGUUAAAGAUGACAAAUUUUAAUAUUUUUAAGACAUCUAUUCACAUUAAACUUCACUAACUAUAUGUACAGUGGAGAAGGCAAGACAUAUUAUCAACAUAUAAAAAAAAAAAGAGAGACAAACAUUAAUCUACACUUAAAAAAAAAAAAAACAACUAUAAAAAUGGGAAAAUGA